UGGCAAGAUGGCGUCCUCGAGCAGGACGGAAGACGAAGAAAAUACACCGGAAUAUAUUAAUAAAUCAAAAAACAAACUUUGUUUUAUGCAUAUUACUUCAGUCAAGCACGAGGAGGUACAUUAUUUCACCACUACACGAUGGAAUACAUACAGGACAAGCCUACAAACGUGGCUCGGGUUGGACGGUGAGUCUCGGGACGUGGCUGAGAACUUCAAACACUGUGUUGAUGUGGAGUUUGACGAUAUUCCCGAGGAUGCUGGCUUCCAUCACACGUGCUACCGUAGAUUUACGGACAAAAAAAUCCAUGGCAAAGGUGGAAAGACGUCUCGCACGUGAGAGACAAGAAGCGACGGAAAACCACGAGGCCAUUCCAUCGACUUCUGGCACGAGUCCAACAAAGAAACUGCGAUCCAGGUCAGGGCUGCCAAUCGCAGGCUCUGGCCCCGUUCUUCCUGCCCUGGGCAUAAUUUGCCAAAAAAAGGAGAAGUUCGUCAACCGAGCAGGCAAACGACAAAGGGAUACUCUGUCAAAGGCUGAAACAUUAACAGCAGGCCAAUUGCAGAAAGCUGCCGAGUUGAAGGAGGACCAAAGUAUUCUUUUGCAUAUACAAGACAAAGACUGUGUGGCUCUGGAUGUGCAGUACCACAAAGGCUGUUAUAAUCAGUACACCGGGUUUUUGAUGAGGCCUGAAAAACCAGAGAAAGAACAGAAUGAGCCCACGUUUGAUGUCAGCGAUAAGAUAUUCUGUGAAAGGAUCAUUCGCCAAAGGCUGCUUGUCAACCAAGAGGUGCUGAGAAUGGGCCAGCUGAGGAAGGCCUUCAUUGAACUGGUGAAAGCAAAUGAAGGUCUUGAUGUGUGACUGUUAAGGAGGGUGUACAGUCUGUUCAUGUUGUUGAAGACCUGCAGUGUGAUCAUGAAGAAUGUGACACAAGGGUGUUUUUACAUGCACAACAUGCUGCACGGGAGCAUAAAGCUGUCAUCAUCAAGAGCUCUGACACUGAUGUGGCAGUCAUUGCUGUAAGUGUGCAGACAGAUUUCCCAUGCAGUUUAUAUGUUUUCACAGGGACUGGCAACAGGACACGUAUCAUUGACAUUACCAAGGUGUCAUCAGCUCUCGGAACCAGUGUGUG